UAGUUUGACGGUACUACGUCAACGCUCUUCUUCAGAUCAGUAAAAGAACGUCUUCAUGAAGAUAAAGAGAAGUAAAGAAUUAUCAGUAACAAAGAAAUAACAGCACGAGUUUCAAUUUUCAAGAUGGACAAAUUUAAGUCUGUAACUAUCAACUAAAGCAAACCUAUGAAAAGGUCAUUUUUAGAAGAGAAAACUUUGCUGGACUUAACAUCUUUAAGGACAAACGAAAGAAGAAGACACUAACAACAAAUGAAAUACAAGCUCAAUAAUCUCAGUCUAAAGAUGAACAGGCUACAAGAAUAAGGGGUACUGUAAUCUGAGUUGGUUUCACGAACUACAGCUAUUAAUAAAGACUGUUCAUAGAGAAAUUUCCCCUAGACAUUCGUAGCUUAGUGAAUCAGUUACGUAAUAUUCUGAGACACAUUCGAAACUUUUAUUGCCAAAUCGCACUAUCCAAACUACAUUACUUCUUCCUGGUAAAUAUGGUAUACUAGUGACAUCAGUGAAAGAUUGUUAAAGUCAUGGGCACCUCUGGUCUUUACUAAUAAAAGCACUUGGUUACAGGUAUAACAAAACCAAAAUCAUGUCCAUGUUGGCGAGAAAAGGAACCAUGGUGCACCGUAAAAGUACUCGUCGGGCUUCCCAACCUGCCAUGCGACGGGCCAGUAUGGUCAACAUUCCUUCAACACCCCGGAGAUCUAUGACACUAACAACCGGUGUUGGACAAAGGUCACAUUCCCUGAGUCUCACCAGCGUCACUCGAGAAAAUAGCCCACGUCCAAGCUUGAAAUCUACACGGCGGGCCAGUGUCACAUUAGGACAUGCUCAGGCACUCGGACCAGGAGUCGCUAAACCGUUAGAAUUGGGAUCUUCUCGUCCCUCUACCAAAUCCACACCAAGGUAUUCACUUCAAGAAGCAGAAAACAGAAAGUCGGCAGGAAGUGUUACCAUAUCGAUAGAUGACAGGAGACGACUAUACCUAAAGUCAGUACACGAAGAAUCCCUGAAAUACACUUCUUAUGGAUCUAUAUCUUACCAGCUGCACGAGGCCAACCAUGAAGCUACAGGAUUGGUGGAUUUUAUCUUCAGAGCUCUAACUGUUAUUGGUUCAUCCGCUCUUCUCACAGCGUUCCUCGCGUGUUUCUCGGUUCUUCCUGUGCUAAUGAUGAUAUUUGGAAUUCAGUAUCUCCAGGAUUGUCCAAAACAACCCAACAUACCAGUGUAUCUACUAGUAGGUGGCGCUUUCGGGUUGAUUAAAAUAAUUUCCACAGGAUGGCGACAAACAAAAGGGCGUCAUUAUGAACCGCCGUCGGAAGCACUCACUGAUGGCGACGUAGACGAGGUUUUGACGACGACAUCUUUGAAGAUCACUGAUUACGCUCUAAGCAUUUUCCUUGUGGUUUGGUUUAUUAUGGGAAAUUAUUGGGUCUUUAGUAUUUACAAGCCACGCUAUGAGCCUUUGCUUCAUGACCCCAACAAUUGGUGUGCAAAAUCCGUUUAUCUAUUUUCAGUUAUCCAUUUAUAUGUCUGCUAUGGUGUGGUGGUGUUGUUGGUCAUUUUAUUCUCUGUUUUAUUUCUGUGCAUUCGUACCUGUGGUGUAUGUGAUCAAAAAGUGUGAUAUGCUACAUGUGAAGCACAAGUGUACAUUUUUAAAUAUAUUUAGUGGAAGUAUGAUGUAAUGUUAACGUACAUAAAUUACAUGUUUGUUUGUUUUAUAUUGAGAGAAGGGAGUAAUAGCCCUAAUAUUUAACGUACGGAAAUCAAAUUCAAAUAAUCCGACUUACUAUUUUCUGCUAUAAAUACAGAAUUAUUUCAAUAUUUUGGGUCCUUGUA